CACGAGCCCGGCGCGGCACCCGCUGAAGAUAGGGACCCCAGGGAGCGCCGGGAUCCAUCCCCACGGAGCCGCCGACCUCCUGCUGCUGCUGGGGACCCUGCGGACGCGGAGCAUGAUGGAGUCGCGCAUCAGGCGGCUCGCCACGACGCUGAUGGACGCCACGACGGACAAGGCCCCGCAGGUGCAGGAGCAGAUCUACAGCGCGCUCUGCUCGCUGGGCGCCGCGGAGCCCGAGGAGCUCCUGCACUGCUGCGACGAGUACCUGCGGCAGCACGACAAGCUGGCCUACCCGCACCGGGUCAUCAUCCUGAAGGCCAUGGAGACCGUGGUGAAGAACAGCAUCGCCCUCCUGGACAAAAGCACGGCGAAGGUGGUCAUCUUCCUGGCCUCCAGCGAGAUGACCAAGUCAAAGGAGGUGGUCCGGGACUGGCAGCAGGCAGCCAGCAGCGUGCUGGUGGCCGUGGGGCAGCGCUUCAUCAACAAGGUGAUGGAGGAGGUGCUCACCAAGUUCCAGCCGGGGAUCCUGCCCCACUACUUCGUCCUGCAGACCUUUGCCGACCUCUCUGUGUCCAACGUGUUUGGCAUGGUGCCUUUCCUCAACUCCAUCCUCGGGACGAUGCUGCCCAUGCUGGCGAUGGCCAAGCAGGACCACAUGAAGGCUGUCUUCUGCUAUGCUCUGCAGCACUUCAGUGAGAGCAUCCGGGAGUACCUGGCGCGAACCUGGAUAGCUUGGGAGGCCCCCGGACCUCCAGCCG